UAUGGCCAGUGAUAUAUGCUUCUGUCCGCAACCCUGCUCUCCCGAAAAGUCCAGCUUGCCAUUCCGUUUUCAAGGGAAGGGACAUCUCCAGUUUUUCGACAGAGAGCUGCCCCUGGCCACUGGACUCGACGGAAAGCGUGAUCUGGGAUGCGAUGGGAAAGUGCGCUGCAAGGCAAUUGUUGUGCUGCUCUUGCCAUUGAUGACGAUCAAUCAGUGGAAGUGACAGACAGAUCGGAAAAUGAGGCGGACAGCUUUCAAGUUAGCUUGGCCGCAUCAUCAGGCUCAAAGGCAGUGGGCAAGCUGCUGUGAAGUGAUUCACAAAGUCUCGUACAAACCACACACCGGCAACUGUGCACCUCGGUGGUUUUCGAGAUCGCCGACACCCACAUUCGUGUGGAGGCCAGUCACUCAGUCACAGAACGCUGGCCUCAAACAUAAACCACGCAAAAGAUGGACGAAUGGUGGGCAAGUACGAACUGGGAGCGGAGAUGGGUGUCCGUCUUGGUUGCGACAAGCUGGCAGCUACAGUACCAGUAAAGUCCAGCGCCAAGGGUAUGUCGGCCCGUAUAUAGCGCCCACAUGCGAGAUAAGGUCGCACCGUAUGUUAAACGCGGGAGCUUCACUUUGCAGACAGGCUGCAAGUGCUCGCAGCAGCACCGGAAACCCGCGUUGGCCGCUCGGAGAUGGGGUUUUGGUGCCGCUUAGCCCCGAAUCGUCGCUUGGCGGGGUUGAUGGGAGAGGCGGAUGUGUGGGUACGGUCGAGAUACUGGUUGAUCUCUUGAUACCUUUACUGGUCGGGCGGUGUUUCCGUGAUGUGGACUCGGGCACGAGCACGAUGUCGGGGGUUCCCGCCGAUUGACAUGACUGGCAACCCGAAGUCGGCGGCGUCUAGCGGCCGGGAUUGCCCCUGGUGUUGGCGCUGACCAUCGGGAAGAAUAGGAUGUGAAGAAGCUUGUUUCCACUUCACGGGUGGCCUCU